CAGUGACAUUGAGGAGUUGUUGUUUGGAUUUGUAUUGUUCGAAUUUAGAACACGCGCUAAUCGCGCUAUUGAAGAUUUAUUCGUGACCACGUAUUUACUGUAUUGAUUCCCGCCAAAAACUUAUAAGUAAAACAGUCUUAACUCAACCAAAUAAUAUAAUUGUUGCAAAAAUGGGUAAAAAAACACAAGCCAAUGUGAACAAGAAUAAAGAAAAACGCCAGGCAAGAAAGCAGGAGCAACGUAGGAUCGCAGAUGGAAUGUCAAGCGUAAAUUCAGCCAAUAAAUUGAAGGAUUUGGCUACACUGUGCAAAGAACUCCUUGUUUACCGGAAUAAUGAAUUAGAAGUAGAAAUGUACAUCCAGCGGGUCACUGAACUGGACAAAAACGUGCUUCAGUGGGCAAUUGACCUAACUGAGAGGAAUAUGAAACAUUUAUAUGAGACCUGCGCCUGGGGUUGGAAUCGAGACCGGAAAGUGGAGGAGAUGACAGAUGAAGGUGCAUGGUAUCUCAUUGCAAGAGAAAAGAAUGGAACACUCCUUGCAUUCUCACAUUUCAGAUUUGACAUGGACUUUGGGGACCCAGUUCUUUAUUGUUACGAGGUGCAGGUAGAAGCAGAUGGUCGACGACGCGGUCUUGGGCAGCGCGUGCUCAGUGUCCUUGAGAAGCUCGCUGACGCCACGCGCAUGCGCUGUGUACGCCUUACUGCGCUCACGCACAAUCCCUCUGCAUCUGCGUUUUUCAGAGCUUGCGGGUACAGUCUAGACGAAACAAGUCCAGGCAAGGACGAGGCAGCUCACUACGAGAUCCUAAGCAAGUUGACUGAGAACCAGCAAGAUGGCGACGCGUCACAGGAGAAAUGUCCUCUUAGCGAUGGCAUGAAAGCCGUGCAAGUAGGCAAUCCGCAAUGACAAUAACUAGUCAAUAUAAUAUAUUAGCUCCAUUUUCCUAUAGACUCAAUCUUGUAGGUGUUUCUUUAGAAAAAUCAUUUAAUAUUUUUUCUAACAACAAACCUAAUUUUCCGGAUUUGUAACUUUUAUAGCAUCUUAAUUAUCCAUUAUCCCUUGGUGUAUUGAUUAAGUGAGGAUAGUACAUUGUCUUAUUAUAAGACGAAUUAUAAUUUGACUGAGUUUUUAAAGAAACUGUUUUUAACUGAGUUUUUAAAGAAACAAUCAAAAUAGUAAUAAUAAUUAUGACUCUUUAGAUAGAUAAGUCGUGUUUGUGUUCUAAUGUUCCAAGGAGUUGGAAUCUAUAUUUAAGACUUACCUUAAUUUAGCACAAUAAACUGUAACUGAAAACCAAUAUUAUAAACAUUCUUUCCAAUGACUUCUACGGUCAAAAGUGCAAACACACUCUACCAAUGCAAUGAAUUAAAGUGUGUAAAACUCCUUUGUAAUACAAGUUCAAGAAUCUAAAAAUCUGUCUAUGAUUACUUUAGAAUCUAUGCUAGAAAUUGUAAAUGAACCUCUGUUCUUAAACUAUAAAAAAAUUUAGACACUAGCAUUGAUAAAAUGCAGCUGCACUUUCGACCCUCACUGUACAUCGUACAAUAUUGAAUACUAAGAUAUUUUGUUUUUAAUAGUGAUGAUAAUAACAAUUCUUUAUAUAUUUCAAAAUGUAACAAAGUUCUUUAGUAUGAGAUUUCUACUUGUCAUUGUUUAUUUGCAUUAACUUCUUCCAAUUACCAUAAUUUCGUUCCUAAAACUAUUAUUGAUAUUUCUUCUAUUUCUAAAAUUGUGUAUAAAAUACUAAGUUAACAAUGAAAUAAAUUCAUAAGAGUAUCGCUAUUUCUAGAUACCAAAAAAACUUAUUAGUAUGGACCAUAUAUUAUAUAUUUGACUGGGUCAUCAUCCUUAGUAAAUUUACGAACAGUAAAGAAGUUAUGAUACAUAAACUAUACGACAAAGAAACUGAAUUUGAGCUGCUAUUGAAUGAUAAUAAAAUUAACAGUAGACUGUCAUCAAGUUAAUUCAAGUGUCCUCCGUGCGCAGAGAUAGUUUCCAUACAAAUAAUUAAAUUGCUCUGAGUACGUUAGUUAAUUCAAUAAACUGAUUUGAAUUUAAAUUGAUUUUUUUAUGAACCAAACCAAAUUGGUGUUGUUAUGCUGGAAAUGCUCGAUCUUAAUUCCAUAUUCUUAUUACAGGAAAGUACAUUUGAUAAUAAUAUCCUCUUAAAAUAUUUGUAAAUAACACAACAUCGUAUUAGGUAUCUAUUUGUCUGUCUGUAUUAGCUAACAAAUUUAGUGAAUAACAAAAAUUAAAUACAUAAAUAUCAGAAAAAAAAUUAUGAAGCCACAAUUCUAUUUUUUAAACUAAAAUUCUAUCAUAGGUUGUUCUAAAUUAAGCAAUAAAAGAACGUAAUUUUAAAGACAUUAAAUAAUAAUGUACUAGGUAAAUAUAAUUGAAAAUGAUUUACAUAAACAUAUAAAAAGGUUUUUUACCUAAGUAAUAAUUUUAAUACUUAGUUGGCAUAUUAAAGUAGAUGCAUUACAGCCCCAUACUUUUUGUGUAUUUUUUGCGCAAACUGUUUGCGCAGUUUACUGUACUUUGCUUAAAGUUCGCAUUCCUAAAGCGCCAUGUUCACAUUUCUCAGUGAGUAUAGUAAGAAGUAGUUAAAAGUAGUAGACUACUCUACUCCUAAUCUAUUACAAUUUAGCUUUAGUUAAAUAAUGUCAAUAUUCUGGGCUCAAAAUUCGCAACGUAACACUCGCUUUUUUAUGAAUAAGUUAAUUGCAAAGGCUUUCAAUUACAAUCGUUAGCGAAGGUAUACGUUUCAGCUGUGGUUUUUGGUAGUAAAAGACGAUAAUCUAUGAAAGCUUAAUAGCUCAGAUUUUACCAAAGACUUGAACUAAGUGCUAGGGAUAUUGCAAGCACUUGUGUUUAAGAGUCACUGUCUUGAUCAGAUCUGAUAUCACCUUUACGCUAUCUUAAAAAUAAUCAAAAUAAUUGUGCAUAUCUGUAAACUGCUAAGAACCACGUUGGCGUACAUUAAUUAUUAUUCUACAAUCUUUAAGAGAUAAUAAUUAUGAAUUAUAGUAACAGAAACAUGAUUGAUUCAGGUAGCUUGCAACUGGCUGAUAUUGAAGUCAUUCAGGGAGGCUUAUGUUCGGUGGUUGUUUUGUAGCCAAUGAUUAUGAUGUUUUCGAUGUAAUAGCGGUAACACAACUCACAAACAGAAAGCUGAAAUUGAAAGGACGAAUUCCAUUUUGUACUCACUACAUGGUAAAAUGAUCACAAUAUGGUGUAACUAGUCUUGUCUCGAAAGAAAUGAUAAGAAAACAAGAUGUUUUAUACUUUGACAUUACCUAAGAAUAAGAUUAACAUAGGAAACUAUAGAUAUAAGAAUUGUGUCGUAAUUAAUUCAAACUAAUUUCCGCCCUAAUCGGACACGCUGCAUACAACGAUGAUAAUAAUAAUACUUAUUGCUAUUACAAGUUUAUUGUAUAAAUGCC